AUGGCUCCCCCACACACCACCCCCCUCCUCGUGCUGACGAGUGAGCGCAUCGACACGCUGGUGGCCGAGCACAAGCAGGUGCUGGGGCGCGGCGCCUCGUGCACGGUGUACCUGGUGGAGGUCGGCGGCGCCCUGUGCUGCCUCAAGGUGGCUAGGGAGCAGCGCCUCGCCGGCAUGUUCCGCAGGGAGUUUGACAUCCUGCUGGACCUAGACGGCGCGGCGGGCGCCCCCAAGGUCUUGGGCACCAGCUUUGGGUUCCCCGCCAUGCUCACCACCUUCCGCGGCCAGAACACCUUCUGCGACCUGCAAAACCUUGCUCCCCGCGACACUGACAAACUGGCGGCCUUCGUGGCGCUGGCCCGGGACGUGCGGCAGCUCCACGCCCGCGGAUACGCCCACACCGACAUCAAGCCCGACAACGUGGUGCUGCACCAAGGCGCCGAUAGCCUCCUGCAGGUGUCCCUCAUUGACUACGGCUUGGCCAAGACAUUCGGCACAGGACUCCGCAACGCGCUCACGCACACGCACUGCACGCCCUGGAUAGCCCCGGAGCUGCGGCGCGCGCCGUGCUCGCCCCCUGUGGACGUGUUCUCCCUCGGCUACGUCCUGAAGCGCGUGCUGGCCGACAGCGCCAUGGCAGCAGACCCGGAAGAGCGGCCCUCGGUGGCCCAGAUCAUCGAGACAGUCAGAAUUCUGGUGCCCCUGACUCUGCCGUGCAAUGCUGCGUUUGGCGAUCGUUCGUCAUGA